GUCUCCGCCAUGUACAAGCUCCUCGCCCUCGCCGCGUCGGCGUCCGCGCUCAUCGCGCCCGCGCCGAAGACCGCGCCGGCGGCCCUGCGGGCCGCGGAGCUCCCCGAGGGCGCGAGCCGCCCCUUCGGGUUCUGGGACCCCUUCGGGUUCAGCACCUACGGCUCCGAGAGGACGCAGGCCUGGUUCAAGGCCGCGGAGCUCAAGCACAGCCGCGUGGCCAUGGCGGCGUGCACGGGCUGGAUCACGACGGAGCUCGGCUUCCGCUGGCCCGGCGCCUACGACCUCGCGGGCCACAAGUUCGCGGACGUGCCCGGCGGCCUCGCGGCCGAGGCCGUCUUCCGCGACAACAGCGGCAUGGUGCAGAUCCUCUUCACGGCGGGCCUCCUCGAGUUCUGGGGCGAGCUCCAGAAGCCCCACUACAUGAGCGGCGGCAAGCCCGGCAACUUCAAGCUCCUCUGGGACCCCGUCGGCUUCACGGCCGCGAUGCCCGAGGCCGAACUCAAGGUCCGGCGCCAGCGCGAGCUCAACAACGGCCGCCUCGCCAUGAUCGGCGCCGCGUCCUUCUGGUCCGCCACCUACCUCGACGGCUCCGUGCCCGCCCUCACGGGCACGGGCUUCUGAGCGGCGCCGCCGACCGAAGGCCGCGCGGCGCGCGCGGCCUAACCCGCGAGCGACGUCCCGCGCGAGCGUCGCGCGACGCUCCACGAGAGACACGAGAGAGACACACGAUGCGGGGGCGGAGGCCUAGAGAGCGGGGAGCUUGUCCGCGGGCUUGGGCUCCGUCUCGGCGAUCCAGUGGUUCUUGACGACGUC